AUGCCGAUAUCACGAAGCUCUUCUCACGCAUUACCAGAAGUCCUGGUGGUGUUUGUUAUAGAUGGCAGCUGGCGGAUGAACAAACAUUUUCGUAAUGUCUGCGAAAAAAUACUCCGCCCCAUUAUACAGAAACUCAAGUCACCUAAAGUGAUUGACUUGGAAGAUAAACAGAAUAAAGACAGAAUCACUCCCGCUUUACGUUAUGGCCUGGUGAUUUUCCGCGAUUUCCACAGCAUUAAUAUCGUAGAAUCACGACACUUCAACGCAGACUUAAGUGAUUUCUACAUGCAACUAGACUCGUUGGUUUUUUGCCAAGGCGGAUUCGAUAAUGCAAUUGCAGAAGGCCUAAUAGCCGCAGUGGAAAUGUUCGAUACCCAUAAGCAACAGAUGCAUUACGAGUUGAUAGAGCCAGAAAAACAUUGUAUAUUGGUGACUAACAGUAACCCUUUGAUGGAUGCUGUUCAUCAUAAUGAAGAUGAGAGGUAUGAUGAGUAUGCUCUGACUGACAUAUGUGAAGAGAUGGCGAGGCAAAAUAUACAUCUAUCGCUAGUCGUGCCCGACCGGGAAUUGAAACUGGUAAAAUUAGACGAAAUUGUGAAGACUGUCAAUAAAGAGAAAGAAGUGGUCGAUUUAUCCCAAGAGUUUGAUGUAGGAAUGUUAAGCGAUCAGGCAAACGUAGACGCACCACAAACAAAGAAAAUUAAGACCGAGAAAGUAGCCUCUACGGAUAACCAGAACAUUAAUAAAUCAACUCCGUCUCCAUCCCAACCCCUUCUCGUUCAACGUACGCAAGGCCAGAAUUCAACAGGAAAACAGCAGUCGCAGCCGCAGCCGCGCAGUCAACAGUCAAUGAAAACUCAACCUAAUGCAACUCCUCCGCAAAGAUCUCCAACUCAGGUUCAGCAAUCACCAGCACAACGAUCUCCUGUUGCCAAUCCAUCUCCAGCUUCAUUACCCUCUUCUGCUGCUGCAAAAUUGCCAGCUGCUAAUACUCCUGCAAAAGUAGCGACGACACCAAGGUUAGGGACACAACAAAUCCAAAGAGAUGCGAAUGCUAACAUAAUUUCAGUAGUAAACACUUCACUGCCUAAUGCAACAUCACCGGGGCCCCAAAUUGUUCGGAGAGCAGGGGGAACUCCUGGUCCAACGGCAACGCCUGGACCCAAUCCCCAUUUAGCGGUACGUCCCUCUACACAUAGACUGUGGAAUCCAGAAGUGGUAGCUCAGUUGACUAUCAGGAACCAAUUUAUACAUGCAAAUAAUGCUGGAAUCUCAACUAGUACCGGAAUUACUACUAGUCCACAAGUUGCCAACACUAUAAAUAUCGCAAACGGGCUCGUUGGAUUGCAAAGCACUUCUAACUCACAUAACACCGCCACCCCGACGCAAGGAUCUGUCCAACGAACUCUUCAAACACCAUCUACCGUUUCAGCCAACAUAACAUCACAAUUGAACGUUCAACCUCAGCAAACAAACACAACACAAACACUGCAGAGGUCGGCA